AUGGCGGCCGGAGUGGCCACCUGGCUGCCCUUUGCCAGGGCGGCUGCGGUGGGCUGGCUCCCCUUGGCCAAAGCGCCGAUGCCCAGCGCCCCCCCGGAGCGGCGCCGCAAGACGGACGAGAUGUUGGUGGUGAACGUGAGCGGGCGGCGGUUCCAGACCUGGAAGGACACAUUAGACCGUUACCCGGACACGCUCCUGGGCAGCUCAGAGAAGGAGUUCUUCUUCAGCGAGGACACCCAGGAGUACUUCUUCGACCGGGACGCCGACAUGUUCCGGCACAUUCUCAACUUCUACCGCACGGGCAAGCUGCACUACCCGCGGCAGGAGUGCAUCGCCGCCUUCGACGAGGAGCUGGCGUUCUUCGGGGUCAUCCCAGAGAUCAUCGGCGACUGCUGCAUGGAGGAGUACCGUGACCGCAAGAAGGAGAACGCCGAGCGGCUGGCGGAGGACGGCGAAGCGGGCGCCGGGGGCGAGGGGGCGUCCGACUGCCCGCUGCCGCCCAACAGCACCGGCCGCCAGCGCCUGUGGCGGGCUUUCGAGAACCCGCACACCAGCACGGUGGCCCUGGUGUUCUACUACGUCACCGGGUUCUUCAUCGCCGUCUCGGUCAUCGCCAACGUGGUGGAGACGGUGCCCUGCCGCCCCCCGCCUGGGCAGCUCCACGAGGUGCCGUGCGGCGAGCGUUUCGGCCUGGCUUUCGUCUGCAUGGACACCGCCUGCGUGCUGAUCUUCACCUGCGAGUACCUGCUGCGGCUCUUCGCGGCGCCCGACCGCUGGCUCUUCGCCCGGAGCGUGAUGAGUGUCAUCGACGUGGUGGCCAUUCUGCCCUACUACAUCGGCCUGGUCAUGCCCAAGAACGAGGACGUCAGCGGCGCCUUCGUCACCCUGCGGGUCUUCCGGGUCUUCCGCAUCUUCAAGUUCUCCCGGCACUCCCAGGGGCUCCGGAUCCUGGGCUACACGCUGAAGAGCUGUGCCUCAGAGUUAGGCUUCCUCCUGUUCUCGCUCACCAUGGCCAUCAUCAUCUUCGCCACCGUUAUGUACUACGCCGAGAAGAACACCGAGGGCACCAACUUCAUCAGCAUCCCGGCGGCCUUCUGGUACACCAUCGUCACCAUGACCACCCUCGGGUAA